AUGAUUCGGGGGAUCGAGGCAGCUAUGGCGGAGAACCAGUCCCCGCUGCUCCAGCAGCAGCCGCCGCCACCCCCGGUCAUCUUUUGCCACGAUUCCCCCAAACGGGUCCUGGUAUCGGUCAUCAAGACGACCCCGAUCAAGCCCAAGCGGAACAGCGAGCAGGAGCCGCCGCCGCCGCUCAUCCCAACCAGCCCGGGCUUCAGUGACUUCAUGGUGUACCCUUGGCGCUGGGGCGAAAACGCACACAACGUGACGCUGAGCCCCGGGGGGCCCGGCGGGGGCGGCUGCUGCGGGGCCGCCGUUGUGGCCACCUCCCCUGCCUCUUCCUCCGUCGGCACCCAGCAGCCGCUCCGGGGCCGGGGGGUGCCGGCCUCCACCAUGGUGGCCACUGCAGUCUCUGGAGGAGAAGAGGAGGAGGAGGCGGGCAGCCCGGACAGCAACCAUCUGAGGGAUGGGAUCAGACGUGGUCGACCCAGAGCAGAUACUGUCCGGGAUUUAAUAAAUGAGGGAGAACAUUCUUCUAGCAGAAUCCGUUGUAACAUCUGUAAUAGAGUAUUUCCAAGGGAAAAAUCUCUACAGGCACACAAAAGGACUCAUACUGGUGAAAGGCCUUAUUUGUGUGACUACCCAGACUGUGGGAAAGCCUUUGUUCAGAGUGGACAGCUCAAAACACAUCAACGUCUCCACACAGGAGAAAAGCCUUUUGUUUGUUCUGAAAAUGGAUGCUUAAGUCGAUUUACACAUGCAAAUCGUCAUUGUCCUAAGCAUCCUUAUGCAAGGCUGAAGAGAGAAGAACCAACUGAUGGACUAAGUAAAAAUCAGACUGCUGACAACAAGGCUGUGGCUGAGUGGCUAGCAAAGUAUUGGGAAACAAGAGAACAGCGCACCCCGACCUUGAAAGGAAAACCCAUUCAGAAAGCAGAUCAAGAACAGCAAGAUCCCUUGGAAUACAUUCAGUCUGAUGAAGAGGAUGACGAGAAAAAUGGGGCUCGCCGACUCCUCCAAGAGCAGCGGGAGCGCCUGCAUGGAGCUCUUGCUCUCAUAGAGCUCGCAAACCUGACUGGAGCGCCGCUUCGUCAGUAACACGAGAACUUCACUCUUUCAACGUACAAAACGUACUGCCCGGCUUACUUAACAAGUAGAUCCUUGGGCAUCCGCUAAGCACCUUAAUUUGCUUAUCAUAGGCUGCUAUUCUGUAGAAAUUUAUGAAGAAUGUUAUUGCCCCAGAACGUGGGGUAAGAGAGAAUUGCACUUUUUUGUAUGGAAAUGAAUUAGAUGUAAAGUUUUAAAGUAUUUUGUAAAUAUGGGACUGCACAGUGCAGUGUUAAAAACUACAUAGUGUGGGAAGCUAGAUUUUGCAAGUUUAAUGCAUUCAUUUGAAGCAGUUCUCACAAAAAGCACUUUCCAAGUAUGACACUUGUCCGAAGAACAGAAUGGUACACAUAGCCAAAGAAGGUCAAAAUAGAUUAUUUAUCAAAACAUUUAAAAAUGUAUAUUAGAGUUUUAAAAAAAUACUGUAAACAGUGAAACAGGCAAGAUAGUACUCUAUAUCUGUACGUAUAUGUACAUAUAUAUGCAUAUAUGUGUACUUAUAUAUACAUGUAAGAUAUAUUUUUAAUUGAAAGAUAGUGCGCCUAAUGGGGGAAGAGAAAUUGGGCCAUUUUGAAAAAAGUAUUCUAAUUUAUGUGCUAGGAAACAGCUAGUUAUUUGAGGGGGUGGGAUUAACAGUUCAGGAUCUUCACUGUAAUAACAAAAUCGGCCUGACUUUUUUGUCUGGGCUUUAGAACUCAGUCAAAUUUCUAGGCCUGAAAAGCACUUGUUAAGUUGGGAACUUUUGCACAUUACCAGAAUUCUCAUUUGCUAAAAUUGAAUGAUUAGUCUUGCAAAGUCUAGGUGAUGUGAUAACAAUUGGUAAUAUUUUUCAUAUUACAGGCCCUGUAAUGAGAUUUGGCACUUGGCUUUUGUUAAUAAGAGGGAACAUUUACAGGGUUGUUUUGAUUUAUAGUGAACUAUUUUAGAUCUGUUAGCAAACACUAAAUGUUAACUGUACUGCUUAUUUAGAGAUAUUAGUAAAUAGAAGCCUCCAUAUUUACAUUUUCAGUGCAAGUCACCUUAUUGCUUUACUUCAGAAUAACAUGCCAAGUUAUCUUGUGUUCACUAAAUUUAGCUACCAGUUAAACACUGCAGAAAAAUUAAUUACUCAAAUAAGUAGGCUUCCAGAGAUAAUCACUACUGCAAGUGUAUUAAAAUUAUAUAGUGGUUUUAUGCCAUUUCCCCAAAUAGAUUAGGCUAUGAAACAUCACUUAAUAUACUUAAGCAUAAAGAAAAAAACCAAAAGCUAAGCAGUCCAUCUCUUGUGUUAAGUUUGAUCAUUUUAGCUUUUGUUUUAAGCAGUGACUAACAAGUAUAGCACAGUAAUUUGUAGAUUGCUUUAAUUGGUUAACAGAGUAAGCAUCAGAAUAAUAGAUAAAGUUGGGCUAUUUGAGCUUUUUUUUUUCUUAAUUGAAAUGAUAUCUUGCAACUGUAGUUUAAACAUUUUAGGCUUCUUUUUCCAAAAAUCCCAGUGUGUUGCAGUACACAGACAUCCUGACAUGUGGCCAUGGGGAAGGGGAUGCAUUUAAUUGUCAAGACACGUAGCUAAAGAAUACAAAAGGAGUUAUGGUGGUAGCAAAUAAUGUUUAUGAUGAGGACAUAUUUUGAAAAUGUAAUUCCUCUGUACAGUAGAUUGCCAAUCUUGAGGUUGUGGGGUUUUUUGUAAUAGAGAAUUUAUAUUUGUAAUGGUAUGAGAAUUUUGUUUGUAAUCUGGUACAUAGAAUUUAACUUGUUGGAGCACUUAACCUAAGCAGUAGUAAGAGAGGCUGUAUCAUCUAAGUCAUGAAGAUUGUUGUCUCAGAUGUUACCUCUGGAAUUUUCCCCCUCAAAAUAAACAAUUAAAAUUGGCCAAUUGAGAAUUAGUUUUAAGAACUGAAGAGCAACACUGUUUAUCUUGGGACAUUUAAACUACAAUUCAUUUAUCUGGCAGAGCAUGGGUAAUGACAAUUUAAACCCUAGUGCUGGUAUCUAACAUUGCAUAGGAAAUAACAUUUCAAGCUUUCAAAAUUAAACUUUUUUUGUUCUAUAGUUUCUCCAAUCAGUUCUUGCUAAUUUGAAUAGUUUAUUGGCAACUAUAUUUUAAUUGUAUAAUUGGAACAAUUUAAUAAAUUAUUUUAAGCACUUGACUACAGUAACAUUAAAAUCUUCCUUUUUGAUAUAAGCUAUAUUCUUUGGCACAAUAUUAAAUUGAGGUCUAAAAUUGGAAGUGUAUUAAGUCUGCUUUUUGUUUUAAAAUAUGGUUUACAUUAAAAAAUUUUGAAGUUUUUAUAUGCUUCACGUGGCAAAGUUUAUUUUAGCAUGAGUUAACAGCAUAAAAAUAUGCUGUAAUUUUAAUAGAUGUUUGAAUAAAAAUUCAUUUUCACUUU